AUGUUUGUUGUCAAAUUAAUCCUUAGUCACUUAGUAUGCGCCUCUCGACCAGUCGAGCAACUAUUCAUUCAUAGCGGUUGGAAUGCUAGAUCGCUCGUGGCUUGCCUCGACCGACCUUCGCCGCCGGCCGCUCGGCAAAAAGUGUGUGAUCCAGCGUUAUCCGCCGCCAACUAUGUGGAUGUACCACGAGUUCGUUUUGCCAGUCUGUCAGCGCGCAGUGCGGCAGUGCGGCGCGGGGGCCUCGUAGCUGAAACCCAUCAGCACCUCCGCGAUGACGUCACUCCGGACGCCGCCGUCCGCGCCGAUCAAGGACAGUAA